AUGGCUAGUCGAUUUAGUGGAGCUUUACAGUUAACAGAUCUAGAUGACUUUAUAACCCCUUCUCAAGAAUGUAUUAAGCCUGUAGAAAUAAAGAAAAACCCAACAUCAACUGGUUCUAAAAUUAAAAUUCAAGAUGAUGGCUACUAUGAAGAAAAUAAUUUUGGACAAGUUCAAAAACUACAAAAAGUACAAAUUACAUUAAAUGAUUGUUUAGCUUGUAGUGGAUGUAUAACUUCCGCAGAAGGCGUUCUUAUAAAUCAACAAAAUUUUACUGAAGUUUUAAAAUUUUUGGAUGACAAUAACAAUUUUAAAAAAAAUGGAACUUCAAAAAUAGUUGUCAUUUCAUUAUCAAUCCAGCCCAUAUUAUCAUUAUCUGAAAAAUAUUCAAUGAAUCCAGAAAAAGUAGCUGGAUGUUUGGUAACCUUGUUUAAAAGUUUAGGUGCAGAUAAAGUAGUAGAAAUGAGUUUAGCUGAAGACUUGGCUUUAAUGGAGUCUCAAUUUGAAUUUGUUGAAAGAUAUCGAAACAGUGACAAAAACUUAAAAAAGAUGCCCAUGUUGUCCUCAUCAUGUCCUGGCUGGAUUUGUUAUGCAGAAAAAAGUCAUGGAAGUUUUAUCUUGCCUUACAUUAGCACCACAAAAUCGCCACAACAAAUUAUUGGCUCUCUUAUUAAGUAUAAUUUAGGAUAUUCACCUGAGCAAGUUUAUCAUGUAACUUUAAUGCCAUGCUAUGAUAAAAAAUUAGAAGCAUCGAGAAAUGAAUUUUUUAAUUCACAAUUAAAUGUUAAAGAUGUUGACUGUGUUUUAACCACAAUUGAACUGGAGCAGUUAUUAUCUGAAAGAAAUAUUUUAUUCAGCACCCUACAACCUGGUACUUUAGACUAUCCAUGGGGUCAACCUUCUGAUAAAUUAUUAAGAGGUCAUUCUGGUUCUGGAUCAGGUGGUUAUGCUGAGAAUGUGAUAACAUAUGCUGCUCAAGAGCUAUUCGGUAUUCGAUUAGAAAAUUUAAAUUGGAAAGUUGUAAGAAAUCCUGAUUUUACAGAAGUCACUGUUGAACAUGAAUCAAAACAAGUUCUUAAUUUUGCAAUAGCUAAUGGUUUUAGAAACAUUCAAAAUAUUGUACAAAAAAUCAAGAGAAACAAAUGUCCUUAUCAUUAUAUAGAAAUCAUGGCUUGUCCAUCUGGUUGUCUUAAUGGUGGAGCACAAAUUAGACCUGAUAGUUCAAUACACACAAAAGAAUUUAUAAACAAGUUAGAGAAUUUAUAUAAAAAUUUACCAAUUGUCAGCCCUGAAAAAAAUUUACAACUACAACAACUCUAUACGAAAUGGUUAGAUGGGAUUGGCAGUGAUAAAUCUGUGGCACUUCUUCACACCACAUACAGAGAAGUAGAAAAAACGCAAUUAGCAUUGAAUAUUAAAUGGUAA